AAAGGGGCUCACAAUGACACCCAGGACAUUCAACCCCCAAAGCAGCAGCCAAUGAUAUAUAUCUGUGGAGAAUGUCAUGCAGAAAAUGAAAUAAAAUCCAGGGAUCCAAUCAGAUGCAGAGAAUGUGUAUACAGAAUAAUAUUCAAGAAAAGGACUGAAAGAUUGGUAGGUUUUGAUGCUCAGUGA